CGGAAGUUGGCAGUUAGCAUACCGUAGCUAAGUCUGCCCCGUGAGUGUGUGUUCAGGUGUGAAGAUGUUACCUUUAUCUAUCAAAGACGACGAGUACAAACCCGCCAAGUUUAACCUGCUGGUGAAGAUCUCAGGAUGGUUCAGGUCGAUCCUGGCGGAUAAAACCUCCAGGAACCUGUUCUCCUUCCUCUGCCUCAACCUUUCCUUCGCCUUCGUGGAGCUCACGUACGGCAUCUGGAGCAACAGUUUAGGUCUGAUCUCAGACUCCUUCCACAUGUUCUUUGACUGCACCGCCCUGCUGGCAGGUCUGGCAGCCUCCGUCAUCUCAAGGUGGAGAUCUAACGACAGCUUCUCCUACGGUUACGUCAGAGCAGAGGUGCUGGCCGGCUUCGUCAACGGACUCUUCCUCAUCUUCACGGCCUUCUUCAUCUUCUCUGAAGGAGUGGAGAGGGCCUUGGAGCCACCUGAUGUUCACCAUGAGCGGCUGCUUCCUGUCUCUGUGGCCGGUCUUUUGGUCAACCUGGUCGGGAUCUUCGUGUUCCAGCAUGGAGGACACGGACACUCACAUGGAGAGGAAGGCCACGGUCACAGUCACUCUCUGUUUAAUGGCAGUCUGAAUCACGGCCACAGUCACGGAGGACACGACCACCACAGCAAACACGCAGACUGGCACGAACACGGACACGGUGGACACGGACACGAUCAUGGUGGACAUGGACAUGAUCAUGGUGGACACGGACACAGUCACGGUGGUCACGGACACAGUCACAGUGGACACGGACACAGUCAUGAGGAACCACACUGUCACGACGAGCUGCAGCACACUCCGGGGAAAGGCUCCAGUAAACAGAUCCUACAGGGCGUCCUCCUGCACAUCAUCGCUGACACUCUGGGCAGCAUCGGUGUGAUCAUCUCUGCUCUGCUGAUGCAGAAAUACGACCUGAUGAUCGCCGAUCCCAUCUGCUCCAUGCUGAUCGCCAUCCUCAUCGGCGUCAGUGUGGUGCCUUUACUGAGGGAGUCCAUCGGGAUCCUGAUGCAGAGAACUCCUCCUUCAUUGGACCAUGCCCUGCCCGAGUGUUACCAGAGGGUGCAGCAGCUGCAGGGAGUGUACAACCUGCAGGAGCCUCACUUCUGGACUCUGUGUACUGACGUUUACAUCGGGACAUUAAAGCUGCUGGUCGCCCCCGACGCCGACACCCGCUGGAUCCUCAGCCAGACUCACCACAUCUUCACACAGGCUGGGGUUCGACAGCUCUACGUUCAGAUUGACAUGGCGGCCAUGUAGAAGCUCCUCCUCUUCUUGACACCUGGGACCAAUCACAUUCAUUGUGCUGCUGCAGGUGAUCCCCCCCCCCUCUCCCUGCUCCCCAAGAGUCACUGCAGACAGACUAAGACUGGGGAUGGGGGGGGUACAGUUGGGACUGUAACCUGAUGAACUCAAACAGCCCCUCCCCCACCUGCUUUUAAUUUAAUGUACCUGUACGUCCAUACCCCCCCAAACGAAGAAAAGCAUUCUUGCUAAGUGCCUUCAUCAUAAUUCAGAGACAAUCUGAGCCCCACCUCCUCCCUGACCCGCCAUGACAUCACUGCUGGGACCACACUGGUGCCAGCUGAUUGGUCCAUGAUGAGUGUGUGUGUGUGUGUGUGUGUGUGUGUAUGUGUGUGCGCGUUAGUACGUGCGUUGUGCCAAACCAUGUGACCGGUCAGAGGGUGUCAGUCUUUUUUCAACUGUAAUAAAUAAUUUGGUUUCUCUGA